UGAGGAUAAUUUCAACCCCCCAUAAAACUGGAACUGCACCAUCUGAAGAAAUCGACGACAAGAAAACCGCAGCUAGUGAUGUUAGUAAUGUUACUGGCGUCACACAAAUCGAACCUUUGCCCGACUCGGCAAACUACCUGCAGUUGCUAGAACGCAAAUUGCAAAGGGUUCAAAAGGGUAGCAAACUUUUGGAUUCGCUGCAGGAGAAGAAACAGGAUUGUAUGCGUAAUCUGUUGGCUGCAUCAGCGGACACAACACUUGAGCAGCUGCUUGAUCUCGAUACGCCCAUCGAAAGUGGUCGCUUGCAUCGCCAUCUGCUGCCCGUGCAGGCGGUGACGGUGGGUGAAACACUGCACAUUGUCAAACACGACGCUCUCGAAGAGCAGAUCGAGCAAGAGCAGCAGCUGGAAUUGGAGUUGGAGCAAGUGAAGCAGGAAGGGGAAAGUAACUAA